AUGGCCACCGAGGACGAACGCUAUCGACAGUCCAGCCAGUUCCGGCUCUGGUCCUUUUCUCCAGCUGGCCUCAAGGAUCUUCGCCACAAGACAAACGCGCUCGCGAAGCACCAGAUAGCUGCGCGCUUAAACGCCGACCCGCCUCCCGAAUUCCUCACUCCAGAGGAAGAAGCUCGUCUGGUCAAGUUUUUCACCAUUGAGCUGAUUCGCGCCGCGCAAUUCUGCGAGCUCCCGACCGAAAUUCGAUCAACCGCCGCCAUCUUUUUGCGCCGCUUCUACGUGACCAACUCCGUCAUGACCUACCCGCCUACGGAGCUGCUCAAGACGUCGCUAUUUUUCGGUUGCAAAGCCGAGGGCUUCUACAUUCGCCUGGCUAGGCUUGCCGACAAGUUUCCAAACACGACGAGCGAGCAGAUCUUGGCUGGCGAAUUCCUGCUCUGUCAGGGCAUCAGAUUUGCCUUUGACGUCAGACAUCCUUUCCGAGCACUCGAAGGCGCGAUUCUCGAAUUGCGCCGCAAAUUACCCACGGAGCAAAAUAGGAUCAACACAGCGCACAUGCGAACGCGGGAGAUUCUCAAGUUCAGUACCCUGGUCACGGACGUCUACUUUCACUACGCUCCUAGCCAGAUUAUGAUGGCGGCCUUGCUGAUGACUGACGCUGGGCUUGUCGACACGCUGAUUCCUUUGCCCGAGCCUGCCGAUGAGCAUGUCACAACACAAACAGCACUCCGUAACAGGAUAUUCACGGCUCUGGAGGCUUGCCGAAAAAUACUCGAGGAAGAACCCCCAGAACGCAUGACAGACUAUUGGGGAACGCCCGAGACUGUCAAGUCUAUGAAGCCCCUACGAAAAAAAUUACAGAAAUGCCGAGACCCCGAUCGAGCCAAUCUCGUGGCGCUUCAGCAAGCGCGUCGCGAACAGGCCUCCAUAAAAGCAAAGAAACCCAGCGUGCCCGUAGAUGGUGGCUUGGGAACAGAGGCAGAGUCUCGCGAUGCAAAACGUCGAAAACUCGAGGCAGCUGAUGACGUGUUUGGGCCAGCUUUGGGUUGA